CCACCCCCUUUCCCGUGGAAUCUUGGCCGGAUCCAGUUCGCUUCCCUCCGGUCUCCGCAUUUUCCCUUCCAGCCCUGCACUUCUCUGGAUCAAUGGGUAGUACGGCUCCAACUCCCAGCUCACACGCCGCUGGCGGACACCCCGGUAACAAGUGAGAGCGCUCCACCCCGCAGCCCCCCGCCUCUCCUCCCUAGGUCCCCGCGGGCUCUCGGAGGGAAGACGAACAGCCUCCCCAGGUCUCCAGCGCGGAUUUUUCUCUUCAACUUGACCCAGCCGCGGACCGGGAACCAGCCUCAACCUUUGGAUGCACAGCCCAACCACAGGAUUGCUUUCCGUCUCCUCUUGGUCCCUCCUGGAUAUUCUGUUUAUUGAUGACUUGCAAGCCCCGCGGAGAGCUGUCUUCCCUCCUCUUGCUCCCUCUGUUUAUUUGAGUUAGUUUUUCAAGGUUUUACCAAGGCUUCGGAUCUCUUGGACCGAAUGGAACUUUUUGCUGCCUCUUUUUGCUGCUGAUUCUGUCAGUGGACGAGAAAAAAGGCUUCGGAGACAGAAGCGGCGCAGGGGAGGUGGAGGAAGAGGACGAGGAGGAGGAGGAGGAGGAAGCCAAGGGGCUCGGCGCGUGUGUGUGCAUGUGUGCAUGCGUGUGUGAGUGCAUGUGUGUGAGUGCCGCCGCUGCCCAGGACCCCCGGCCCCGAAGGUGCUGGCUGAAAUAUGGAGAAUAGUCUUGGAUGUGUUUGGGUACCCAGGCUGGCUUUUGUACUCUUCGGAGCUACCCUGCUCAGCGCACAUCUUCAAGUCACCGGUUUCCAGAUUAAGUCCUUCACGUCACUGCGCUUCCUGUCGGAACCUUCUGAUGCCGUCACCAUGCGGGGAGGCAGUGUCCUCCUGAACUGCUCUGCAGAGUCCGACCGAGGAGUCCCAGUUAUCAAGUGGAAGAAGGAUGGCAUCCACCUCGCCUUGGGAAUGGAUGAAAGGAAGCAGCAACUUCCCAAUGGGUCUCUGUUGAUACAGAACAUACUUCACUCCAGGCACCACAAGCCAGAUGAGGGACUUUACCAAUGUGAGGCAUCUUUAGGAGAUUCUGGGUCAAUUAUUAGCCGGACAGCAAAAGUUGCAGUGGCAGGACCCCUGAGGUUCCUCUCCCAGACAGAAUCGGUCACUGCCUUCAUGGGCGACACAGUGCUUCUCAAGUGUGAAGUCAUUGGGGAGCCGAUGCCAACAAUACACUGGCAGAAAAACCAGCAAGACCUGACUCCCGUCCCGGGCGACUCCCGCUUGGUGGUCCUGCCCUCCGGAGCCUUGCAGAUCAGCAGACUCCAGCCGGGAGACACUGGAAUCUACCGUUGCGUAGCCCGGAACCCAGCCAGCUCAAGAACAGGCAACGAGGCGGAAAUCAGACUCUUGUCAGAUCCAGGACUGCAUAGACAGCUAUAUUUUUUGCAAAGACCAUCAAACGUAGUAGCCAUUGAAGGAAAAGAUGCUAUCCUGGAAUGUUGUGUUUCUGGCUAUCCUCCCCCGAGUUUUACAUGGUUACGAGGAGAGGAAGUCAUCCAACUCAGGUCCAGAAAGUAUUCUUUAUUGGGUGGAAGCAACUUGCUCAUCUCCAAUGUGACAGAUGAUGACAGUGGAACUUACACCUGUGUUGUCACUUACAAAAACGAGAAUGUCAGUGCCUCUGCCGAGCUCACAGUCUUGGUUCCGCCAUGGUUUUUAAAUCAUCCCUCCAACCUCUAUGCCUAUGAAAGCAUGGAUAUUGAGUUUGAAUGUGCGGUCUCUGGGAAGCCUGUGCCCACUGUGAACUGGAUGAAGAAUGGAGAUGUGGUCAUUCCUAGUGAUUAUUUUCAGAUAGUGGGAGGAAGCAACUUACGCAUCCUUGGGGUGGUGAAGUCGGAUGAAGGCUUUUAUCAGUGUGUGGCUGAAAAUGAAGCUGGAAAUGCCCAGACCAGUGCACAGCUCAUUGUCCCUAAGCCUGCCAUGCUAAGCUCCAGCAUCCUGCCUUCUGCCCCCAGAGAUGUGGUCCCUGUCUUGGUUUCCAGUCGGUUUGUCCGUCUCAGCUGGCGCCCACCUGCAGAAGCAAAAGGGAACAUUCAAACCUUCACAGUCUUUUUCUCCAGAGAGGGUGACAACAGGGAACGAGCAUUGAACACAUCCCAGCCUGGGUCCCUUCAGUUUACUGUGGGAAACCUGAAGCCAGAAGCCAUGUACACCUUCCGAGUUGUGGCCUACAAUGAGUGGGGGCCAGGGGAGAGCUCUCAGCCCAUCAAAGUGGCCACGCAGCCUGAGUUGCAAGUUCCAGGGCCGGUGGAAAACCUGCAAGCUGUAUCUACCUCACCUACCUCAAUUCUUAUUACCUGGGAACCCCCUGCCUAUGCAAAUGGUCCAGUCCAAGGUUACAGACUGUUCUGCACUGAGGUGUCCACGGGGAAGGAACAGAAUAUAGAGGUUGAUGGACUAUCGUAUAAGCUGGAAGGCCUGAAAAAAUUUACGGAAUAUAGUCUUCGAUUCCUAGCUUAUAAUCGCUACGGGCCGGGAGUGUCUACCGAUGAUGUAACUGUGGUCACGCUGUCUGAUGUGCCGAGUGCCCCGCCUCAGAACAUCUCCCUGGAAGUGGUUAACUCGAGGAGUAUCAAAGUAAGCUGGCUGCCCCCUCCACCAGGAACACAAAAUGGAUUUAUUACCGGCUAUAAAAUUCGACACAGAAAGACGACCCGUAGGGGCGAGAUGGAAACACUGGAGCCAAACAACCUCUGGUACCUGUUCACAGGACUGGAGAAAGGAAGUCAGUAUAGUUUUCAAGUGUCGGCCAUGACAGUCAAUGGCACUGGACCACCUUCCAACUGGUACACAGCAGAGACUCCAGAGAAUGAUCUAGAUGAGUCUCAGGUCCCUGACCAGCCAAGCUCUCUUCACGUGAGGCCCCAGACCAACUGCAUCAUCAUGAGUUGGACUCCUCCCUUGAACCCAAACAUUGUGGUGCGAGGUUAUAUUAUCGGUUAUGGCGUUGGGAGCCCUUAUGCCGAGACAGUCCGUGUGGACAGUAAACAGCGGUAUUAUUCCAUUGAGAGGUUGGAGUCGAGUUCCCAUUAUGUAAUCUCCCUAAAAGCUUUUAACAACGCAGGAGAAGGCGUUCCUCUUUACGAAAGCGCUACCACCAGGUCUAUAACAGAUCCCACUGACCCAGUUGAUUAUUAUCCUUUGCUUGAUGAUUUCCCCACCUCGGUCCCAGAUGUCUCCACCCCCAUGCUCCCACCAGUAGGUGUACAGGCUGUGGCUCUUACCCACGAUGCCGUGAGGGUCAGCUGGGCAGACAACUCUGUCCCUAAGAACCAAAAAACGUCCGAAGUGCGACUUUACACUGUCCGGUGGAGGACCAGCUUUUCUGCAAAUGCGAAAUACAAGUCAGAAGACACAACAUCUCUUAGUUACACAGCAACAGGCCUCAAACCAAACACCAUGUAUGAGUUCUCGGUCAUGGUGACAAAAAACAGAAGGUCAAGCACGUGGAGCAUGACUGCCCAUGCCACCACGUAUGAAGCAGCCCCGACCUCUGCUCCCAAGGAUCUGACAGUCAUUACUCGAGAAGGGAAGCCUCGCACUGUCAUUGUGAGCUGGCAGCCUCCCUUGGAAGCCAAUGGGAAAAUUACCGCUUACAUCUUGUUUUAUACCUUGGACAAGAACAUACCAAUUGAUGACUGGGUUAUGGAAACAAUUAGUGGUGAUCGGCUUACUCAUCAAAUCAUGGAUCUCAACCUUGACACGAUGUAUUACUUUCGAAUCCAAGCACGAAAUGCAAAAGGAGUGGGGCCCCUCUCCGAUCCUAUCCUCUUCAGGACUCUGAAAGUGGAACACCCUGACAAAAUGGCUAAUGACCAAGGUCGCCAUGGAGAUGGAGGUUAUUGGCCAGUUGACACUAAUUUGAUCGAUAGAAGCACUCUUAAUGAGCCACCCAUCGGCCAGAUGCACCCCCCACACGGCAGCGUCACUCCUCAGAAGAGCAGCAACCUGCUUGUGAUUGUUGUGGUCACCGUUGGUGUCAUCACCGUGCUGGUGGCGGUGGUCGUGGCCGUGAUCUGCACCCGGCGCUCUUCGGCCCAGCAAAGAAAGAAACGGGCCACCCACAGUGUUGGCAAAAGGAAGGGCAGCCAGAAGGACCUCCGGCCCCCUGAUCUUUGGAUACACCAUGAAGAAAUGGAGAUGAAGAAUAUUGAGAAGCCAGCAAGCACUGACCCUGCAGGGAGGGACUCCCCCAUCCAGAGCUGCCAAGACCUCACACCAGUCAGUCACAGCCAGUCGGAAACCCAAAUGGGGAGCAAAACCACCUCUCAUUCAGGUCAAGACACAGAGGAAGCAGGAAGCUCCAUGUCUACUCUGGAGAGGUCACUGGCUGCACGCCGAGCCACUCGGGCAAAGCUCAUGAUCCCUAUGGAUGCCCAGUCCAACAAUCCUGCUGUCGUGAGUGCCAUCCCUGUGCCAACCCUAGAAAGUGCCCAGUACCCAGGAAUCCUUCCAUCGCCCACAUGUGGAUACCCCCACCCGCAGUUCAGCCUCCGGCCGGUGCCGUUCCCAACACUGUCAGUGGACCGAGGUUUCGGAGCAGGAAAAACGGUGAGUGAAGGACCAACCACCCAGCAGCCACCCAUGUUGCCCCCGGCGCAGGCCGAGCACCCCAGCAGCGAGGAGGCGCCCAGCAGAACCAUCCCCACGGCCUGCGUCCGACCGACUCACCCGCUCCGCAGCUUCGCUAACCCUUUGCUACCUCCACCAAUGAGUGCAAUAGAACCGAAAGUCCCGUACACACCGCUUCUGUCGCAGCCAGGGCCGACUCUUCCCAAGACUCACGUUAAAACAGCCUCUCUGGGGCUGGCGGGAAAGGCGAGAUCUCCUUUGCUUCCUGUGUCUGUGCCAACAGCCCCCGAAACGUCUGAGGACAGCCCCAAACCAGCAGAGGAUCCAGCCAGUGUGUAUGAACAGGAUGAUUUGAGUGAACAAAUGGCGAGUUUGGAAGGGCUAAUGAAGCAACUUAAUGCUAUCACGGGCUCGGCCUUUUAACGCCUACUGCCGAAUUGAUGAGGUGAAGUUUCCGGGACCUUGGCAGCAUUACCAAUUACCCAUAAACAGCACACCUGUGUCUGAGAACGCUAACCGGUGUACAGGUCAACCCUCUGGACCGCUCAGUUACGGACGAGCCUGAAGCAGUUCAGAAGGAAUGAGCAUCGCUUCUUUCAGAGGCAUCAGGAGUUUCAAAAUGAUGACUGUGGGGUCCCAGAGCAAAAGCAAAGAUACGUCCUCACUGCAGUGUCAAAGCUGAAGCUGCUAGAAUGGUCCUGGGUCUUUGCCACUGCAGUGACCACACUGUCAUGAUGAAUGCUUCUGUUUUCCUUCAUCGAGGUCUGUCAUUUUCUUACCCAUGUAGGUCUCGUCUGACUAAACGCAAGUGCGUUAUUUCCGCCUGUACCAUGCCAUGGCAAAUCAGUGCAAGCUCACUCUUUUGUUUUCAACUUUAAAGUGCAAAGCACCCAUGGGAACUUUCUCACUCCAUAGCACCAAAGGACUGGAGGCUUUCCUAACAGCACAAAAGAAGCAAACAAGUAAACACAUGAAAGGCAGUGAAUGCUUACGGUUUGUAACUCAAGUCAUUCCUGCACGAGGGGUGGAGAUCAGCAGGCGGCUGUCAAAUUCGCCCAUGUUAGCAAGUAUCUGUAAAUCCACCCUCAGUUGACAUUUAUGUCUGGGGAACAGGAACAUAAAAACCUGCAACCAGUGGCAUCCUGCCAGCCACCAGUCCCUUCCUGAAAGAGGACACAAUAUGCAGUCUUCUCAGACACACGACAAUUACGUGCUUAAACCUGGAAUAGGACACUUUCCCAUUCGGGUGGCUUUUGUGCCAUACCACACUGUGAUGAUAUUUCAAAGCUUCAGCAAGGCCAUCUUUCUCAGGAGUCUGGCUAGAAGGUUUCCCUCCCUCCAUCCCAGCCUUCCCUGAGUUGUCUUGGCAACCAGCCCCGGUGAGGUGGCCGGUUCCACACGUCCUGACACACGUGUCCCCGUAACCCUCUGUGGAAAUGGCAGACUUUCUGAGAACAGGCCCCAUCCCAAGGGAGGGAUGGGACAUAGCAGGGAGUUUUAAACAGUAUCUUCUCUUGAGUGAUGUCACUUCCACCACCAGAGUCCUCACGGACUGAGAGCAGGCAGUGUCGGGAAGUGCACCCCCAAGCCUUGUGGUCAAGGGAACCUUCUGCACCAGACUCAGAGGGGAGCGGAGGAGCUGACACUUCUCACACCGCCUAAACCCAGGGGAUGCUCUUCGAAACCGCAUCUCCAUUGUGAGCUAGAAUCUCAAACUUCUAUUGCCAUGUUUAUCUACAGCUUGCAACUAGGUGAAAUUAAAAACAUUUUGUGUGCACCCUUUUUUAGUUUCUGGAUGUUCAGCUGCAUUUGGAGUUAAUCCAUUUAUGCAGCUGCAGCGCCAAAAGGGAGCUAGUCUGCAUAUUUAUCAGUUAGGCAACUUGAAAACCCAAUAAGAGAGUUUCAGCUGAAUUAUUCCUUUCAGCUCUGCCUUUGAUUUCAAGCUUGAGUAGGUCAUAAUUUUAAAAGAGCAUGGAAGGGAUAGGAUCUUUACAACCUAAUAGCUCCUUUUAUUAGGUGGGUAAUUAUAUAUGAAUCCCUGAAUGAAAUAUUUUGAGCAAAAUGGCACUGUAACAGAAGUAAUAAUUCAGAUUAUUUUUUUACAGUUUUAUGUCGGGAAGGAAAUCUGAUGUCAGAGAGGGCUUGUUCAAGUGGUUCAUUAGAAAGUCCGGUCCAUUUGCAAAACUGUUCCUUCAGCAAGAGUGCUUCCUCAGUUUACUUACAUUUUCUUGAAAUCUUUCUGAAGAGCUCUGGGGCGUUCCUCUCUGGGGGCAGGUACCUCCCAUGCAGCUUCUCGGUGCUUAGGGAAGCAGCCCUCCACUGGCCCGGAGCACGGCGUUUCAUGACACAGCCCUGAGUCUUGCAGAGAGAACCCCUCCCUCAGAAAAGGAAACACUCGUCUGGCUCGUCUUACCUCCUCAGGGUCCUAGAAUGGCUUCCCCUUUCUCAUCCCCACAGACCAGGAACGUUCUCUGAAGGCAUCUGACGUCCCAGGAAGGUCAUCCUGACUGUUCGGUUUGGAAAGAGGUGCAAACCUCCGAUCUCAGGAGCGGAGCCGCACCUCCGGUCUGUAGGCUGUAUGUGGACAAUCACGAGAACUAGCGUUCUCACAAAGUUCUCGACUCCUCUAGGCUCCUCAGUCAGCGACCUGAGGAAACAGGUUUUAAACAUACGAAAAUACGCAUUACUUGUUUUCAGCACAUGCCCCCGAAACACGCAGACGCACGCUCCUGACGCUUUCUUCAUUACACGCCUCCAGUGGUUUGUCUUGCUAACUGGCAGUGCGAGGAAGUCUGAGCCCCACGCAGGGACUGUGCGGUAGGAUCCAUUUAAAUUCCCACGAGAGCCUCUGGGGAGAUUUACCCAGUGGUUUUCAUAUGAAAUGCCUUUACCCCGGCUCUGUUCAACUCCGCUCCCCAUCCUCUCAAACAGUUCACAUGUGCUCACAACUGCCUGCCCCAGUCUACAGGCAACUUUUCUAUUUCCCAGUCCCCUGAUCUCUUGACAAGAAGAAAUCUGUAAAUACUGCAAGAGAGCCUCAUUUUGCUCCUACUCUGAGUCUAGUUCAUGACAUGCAGGGCUCUCUCAGCUCAUACAUCUCUCUGCCUCCCGCAGGGCGAUGCUUGACAACCAACCAGCAGCUCUGCCGCCAGGAGUCAUGUCUCCCUGGAUAAAGAAGAAAAUAAGACUUGGCAGGGCAUGCUCAGGCCUCCCCUGCGCAGUGCCAAGCCGUCAGGCAAGAGCCUCCUCUUGCAAAAGUUCGGUAUUUUUCCUUUGUAGUUCAUACUGAUAGGAAAGCUAUUUUCUUUCCUCUUGAAAUUCCUGCAUUUGUUAAACUCACAAAAAUGCAGAUAGCUCACAAAUGUAUAAAGCCCAGUUGGAGGAUCCGCCAGCCAAAAGUUAAAUAUUUCUUAGUGAUUCACAUUCAGGAAGCAACCAGUCACAGCUACCUCUCUGUAGAGCAGACAGAGCUAUAAACAUUGAGAACAUUUAAAUGGAACUUUACAUUUGGGUAUUAUAGAAUGCACACCCGACUGAACAAUCUGGAAAAACAAGAAAAGAAAAGAAACAUAUUGAGCCAGGGGUAGAAGAGGUGAAUUUAUUAAGGCUUCCUGUGAGGAGCUGGAUAUAACAUUAGUCUCUUCGAAAUAAAUGUUCUUCAAAAUGACAUGAAUGUUCAGUCCUCUGCAUUGGUUAAGUGCUACAAAUGGAGAGCCGUCCAGCAUUAGUGUGUCACUUCCAGACAACAUUUUAAAAUGGCAACGUUUGGCACUCAUUGGCUCUUCCAAUAAAGAAUUGAAGUACAGAUCUUUCUGGAAGCCUUCCUAGUCUGUGCUUAAAGAUGGUUGCUCACUCUUAGCCACCCUUGGGAUACAUCUGUCUGUUGACUUUGUUUUAAUGUCUCAAGGUCUUCUCUAAAUGUAACAAAUGUAAUCAUACAUGGCUGCCAGACUAUAAUUCUAACCAAAAAAGAAAAGUCACUUAUAAGAGAUCACCUUACCUUUUAGAUGAAAUUGUGUCCCGGACUCUUGACUUCUUGUAGUUUUAGAAUAUCCAUUUCUAGCUCAUGAGAAAGAGAAAAAGAAAAGUUUCGUAGUUUUAGGUGUUUUAUGAAAAACAAAGUCCUCAAGACUUUAAAAUAGAUGUGGAACAAGGCUGCAUUCCCUUCCUCAACCAGUUUAUCUUCAUCCAACCGCAGACCAUCCCUAAGACCUGAGGUUAGUGUCCGGGCCUGUCUGUAACCCAUAAACACAACACAGAGCCCACAACAUUCUCGAACUGCAGAGCAGUGACACACUCAAAUCUGCAAUCUCUCUCUUUUUAAAAUUACUUUCAAAGCAACAUUUUCCUCAUAAUUUGUACUUCCCUGGUAACUUUCAGAAAUCACUUUAAUAGUGCACAGAAAAGCUUUUCACUUGGUUUCCAUGUUUCAAAUUAAAUCAGAUACUUCAGAAAAACCAUAGAUAAGAUGUUUUGUAUGAUAUCCUAUCCAUUAGGAAGUACGUGCUCCCAUGCCCCAGAGUAACUUGCUAUUCAAAUACCUGCUGCCAAAAGGGACUGAUUCUGAACAGAAAUGCCCGAAGGUCUCAGUCAGUGAGCUAAUACAGAGACCAGACGCCACGCCCGGCCGUGGGCUCUGCUGCUGCCGUCGGGUGCUGCUCGCUCGGCAGACUUCCAGGUGCACUCUCUGAAGGAUGUCUUCUCCUGCUCUCAGUAGAGAGCCUCUGUACAUUGUCACCCUGUGGUUUUUUUUGUUGGGUGGAGAAGCAACAGGAGAACUCUACCAGAUGUCGUAAACACAGAUGCAUGGGCCAAGGGAUCUCACCAUGUGCUGAAAGUGUAUUUUCAGAUGCGAGAAAGGAAUGUUGGGGAGGAGGAGAAAUGCUGUUUUUUAUUACUGUAGGGUAAACUUGACAAUUCUGAACUUUGUGAAUUGUCAGCUUGUUUGGGGGGAUGGGCGGGUGGGUCCGGGGUGUACUUUUUAUAAGUAAUAUUUAAUUUAUUAUUUAGAGUGGCUUCUUUUUGGAUAAUUUAUGAUACAAAGGGAGAUCUGGUUGGGAAUCUAGGCAUGGCUGUUAAAGCUGCAGUGUUCCGUAUCUCAGAGGGGCCGCUUUGGAAAUGAACUGUCCACUGCUGAGUGUGAGGACACGCCGAGGCAAAGCCUUCCACUGACCCUCCAUCAUCGCAGCCCUCUCCCCUUCCGGGUCACUCGGACAGGAGAACACCAAACCCACAACAUGCUGAUAGCAUUUUACAGAUCAGUGUUCCUCGCUCUCUCAAAGGGCUUUGCCAUUCAGAUCGUGAGUGUGCUAGCGGGUGGUAGGUUUAUUUGGUAGAAAUGGGUAUACUACAGCUUUGACUAGCCUUAGUGGAAAAAGAAACUUUUUGUGGCGACAAGAUGCCUUUUAAAAAAAGAAGAAAAGGUAUUUUGCGCCUCCCAAGAGUUUCUUCACAUUGUCAGACUCUAGCGUUGUUAACCAAGUUAGACUAGUGACCGCAAUAUUUAAGUGUAAAUCUUGUUCUAUGAGAAAGGAGACUUGCUUACAGUUUAAAACAAUGACUGUUUCUACACAGGAUCUUGUAUACUACUACACGAGGAAAAAGGGGUUUUGUAAUCACUGUAGAACAGUCUCAUACUCAUUUUUUAUAGAAAUGUUAUUCCAAUGGUGCAUUUUUUUGUUUAAUAAAUAAAGUUUUGAUACAAAGUU